ACAAUUAUUGGGGCAGUAAUAUUCGUUAAGACUUUUGGCAAAUAACUUGACAAAAUCAAUCCCCUUAAAUUAUUGAGAAUGGCUACGAACACAAAAUAUAUGAUUGUUAUGGUUCGUCAUGGUGAAAGUGAAUGGAAUCAAAAGAACUUAUUCUGUGGUUGGUACGAUUCUGAAUUGAGUGAAAAAGGGGUCGAAGAAGCUGCCAGCGCUGGAAAAGCUUUAAAAAAAGCUGGACUUAAAUUUGAUGAAGCACAUACGUCAGUGUUAAAACGUGCUCAAGUUACAUUGGAUACGAUUUUAAAAGUAAUUGAUCAAACUAAGAUCCCUAUACAUAAAACAUGGCGAUUAAAUGAACGCCAUUAUGGUGGUCUGACCGGUUUGAAUAAAUCCGAAACUGCUGAGAAGUAUGGCGAAGAUCAGGUUAAAAUAUGGCGACGAAGUUUCGAUGUUCCCCCACCGCCCAUGGAACCAGAUCAUAAAUACUACAAGGAAAUAGUAGAAGAUCCACGAUAUGCUGAGGGACCGCAAAAAGAAGCGUUUCCGAUGUUUGAAAGCUUAAAGUUAACAAUUGAACGAACUUUGCCAUAUUGGAAUGACACAAUUGUUCCUAAAAUUAAAGAAGGGAAAACAAUCCUAAUAGCAGCUCAUGGAAAUAGUUUACGAGGCAUUGUUAAACAUUUAGACAAUUUAAGUAAUGACGAAAUCAUGUCUCUAAAUUUACCUACUGGAAUUCCGUUUGUAUACGAAUUGGAUGCAGACUUAAAACCAGUCGUUUCAAUGAAAUUCUUAGGAGAUGAAGAAACAGUUAGAAAAGCAAUGGAAUCAGUUGCUGCGCAAGGGAAAGCAAAAAAGUGAUGUAGCAAGAACCAACGGAGAGUGAAUAAAUAUUUUUUCAUAAAAUAUGUUUUUUUAUUUAUUUUAG